CCCCCUGUUGGUGUGAGCUUAAUAAAUGAUGUGAUUUUUAAAUCCUAACCUGAUUUAUUUUCUUGAGGAGUAGGAAUUCUUACAUAGUCACAAUGGAAAGAGUUGAACAGAAAAAUCCAUCACGGUGCGCAGCCGGGCCCUUCACCAGUGCAUCACUGCGGCAAGCACUGAGUGUGAUACGGAUGAUGGUGGCAUCAUGCUAUGGCCCGUAUGGAAGACUGAAGCAGAUUCACAAUGGUAGUGGGGGGGGUGUUACUACGACGUCGCAGUCCGCGGCAUUACUCGGUGGAUUGUCCCUCAGCCACCCUGCGUUGCAGCUACUUGUCGCCUCCAUCCGUAAUCAUAUCUCCGCCUUCAGUGAUUGUGGACUCUUUGCAGCAAUCCUCUGUUGCAGCCUGAUCGACAGGUGCCUGAGUUUACCCGUUUCAACCCACAAGGUGAUAAAAUUAAACAAGAGGCUUUUGGACACCUCCUUGAGUUACUUGAAGUCUGAGGACUGCGCUUGCAAAAUCAACGUCGACUUUACUACAGCAAAUCAAUUCUUGAUUUCCCGGUCCGUACUCAGUAGCAAACCAGCAUGCAUGAUGACGGUGAAAGAAGUCGAUUACGUGAGCCUCCUGAUUGUAAAAGCUUUUCUCCACAAAGUCCCCGAUGAGUCCUGUCCUGGUCAGCUUUUAGGAAGAACUCUGUUCGUGACGGUCGAAGGCCCAAGUGUAAUGGAGUCUGUCUUUAUUCCCGGAGUGCUCAUUGAAGAGCCAGCCUGGAGCAGAGUGAGGCCUUCUUCAGGCCUACCCUCCACCAAUAUUAAGCUAGCCUUAUUUUCCAUGUCAUUAUGUGGAGAACUUGGUGAUACUGGAGAGGGCACUAUGGAGGUUAUGGUCGGGGUAGAUCCAGAAAAUGUCAUGUUGGAGCAGUUGAUUGUUUUAGGGAAACGGUUAGUGGAUGAUCACGUGCAAAUGGUGUUGUGUCAAAAAGUGAUCCACCCAUCGCUGAAACAGUACCUGAAGGAACACGGUGUCCUUGAGGUGGACAGAUUAGGAGCUGCUCUUAUGGAACCUUUAAGUCAAAUGACAGGCGCCCAGCCUAUAGCUUCUCUCUGUCCGCUUUCCCACGUUUCCUAUGGUAGCCUCAAGCAGAUCAGUAAGGCGUCCUACGGGAAUAAGCACUACCUGCAUCUCCUCCCCUCUGACACUACUGUGUGCAGUAUUGUGCUCUGCAACCGGAAUGAGACCUCUGUAAAGGAGCUUACGCGGACGUGUCACACUGCCGAGCACACUUUAAAUCUUCUCUUAAAGGACCCCUGGCUCCUGCUUGGUGGAGGCUGUACUGAAGCACAUAUAGCUGCCUAUAUCCGGUAUAAGAGUUCAAUUAUUCACAGAAGUCAUCUUGAAGACCUGGGAUGUACAGCGUCUGAGUAUAAGCUGGUGGCUGACUGCUUCUGCUCCUCAUUAGAGGCUGUGGCACGAAGUUUGGAACACGAUGGCGGGGAAAUGCUUACGGACUUACAGGACGGCCAUGUGUGGUCUAUACCUCCUGAAGUCACCGUCGAUGUGGACCAGACAGAAGCUGUACAUGUGUGUGGCUGUCAGCUUCUCCAGAGGAGAGAUGGUCUAACGUUGUCUGUUCUUGGGAGCCCAUCUGAGCCGUUCAGCCCCCGGCAUCGGAUAGAAAUCUCUCCACUAUUAUUAGCUAAAGAACCUCUAGUGUUAGAUAGCCUCACUGCAAAAUGUAAUGGUAUAAGGGUGGCUGUGGACACAGCUGGUCUGAUCUUGGAUCUGGCAUAUAUUGUUAAAGAUGAAAAUUAAUUUGAUAGUUUUACAAAUAAAAUAUUAAAUUUAUUUUUGUUCUAGAAUUAUCACUGUUUCCAUGUGUCUCAUCUCAUACGCAUCUACAGGUUCUGCAGUCCGCUCCAUGGUCAUAUGUUUAUGUAUUUAUGCA